AAAGUACACAAGUCAUGAAUAGCCAAGUUCAGGGGAGGUUCUCAGAGUUCUAUGAGAAAUGGCUCCACCAACUUGAAACAAACCUUCAAGAGUUGUUGUCUGUCCCAAGAGACCAGUCUCACGAGGCAAAACAUCGAGCCCUGGUCAUUAAAGCCGUGACCCACUACAAGGAAUACUACACUGCUAAGUGGGCAGCGGCUCAUGAAGACAUUCUGGGCUUCUUCUGUCCCCCAUGGCUGACCCCUCUAGAGAAUGCUUACAUCUGGAUGACGGAUUGGCGACCCUCGGUGGCCUUCCGCCUCGUACACUCGCUGCGACACACACAUGUCCCCGGGCCGAGCCUAGAGCACAUGUCGGAGGAGCAGUUGAAAAGGAUGGUGGAGCUUCGGACGAGGAUCAGGUCGGAGGAGCAGAAAGUGGAAAUGGAAAUGGAGAGGCAGCAGGUGGGGUUGGCGGACAGGCGCAUGGUUGAGUUGGCUCGCCUCGCAACCCGAGUCAGAAAUGGGGAGGUGGUGGGCGAGUUAGACGGGUUCGUGGAUGCGGCUUUGAAGACGGUGUUGGAAGGAUUGGAACGAGUGAUGAAGACCGCCGAUUGCCUUCGCCUGAAAGCAUUGAAAGGAGUGCUGGAUGUGCUCACACCCUUGCAGUGUGUGGAUUUCAUGGCGGCAACGUUGAUGCUGAAGAUUCAGAUGAGAAGGUGGGGAGAGAAAAGAGAGCUUGGCCUUGGCCAUGAUAAUUCAAACUAG